UGUAAUGCCUGUCACUGAAGCCAGGUAGUCGAGCAGGGUUAAGGACAUGAAAGACCUCAUCCAAGCAGCGCUGGAUACUCUGAGUUCGCUGCCUCCAUUCCUUCACAAACGUUCUGUUUUCUGUGACUUGUGGAAUUAAGCUGCCUACUAUUUGAGCUCUGAGGACAUUUUUUGUACUUUUUUUUGGUGGGGAUACUUUUUUUAUUGAAGGGGGAAGACAAACACUUUCACAACAGGCGGAUGGUGAGUCAGGCCGCCAUGCGAGGCCAGCGUGCUGUAGAGACCGAGUGUAGGUGCUGGAACCCAGUCGUCUGGCUGCUGGUGUCCCUGCUGGGAUUCCUCGUCUUGGUGGCUGUCAGUGUGCUGCUGCGACUUGGAGACAUGAAGAUAGAGAGACGGGCUGUCAACACGAAUGUCAUUCAAAGCCCCAUGAGAACACAGUACCCAGUACAACUGGUGAAUGGCCGUAACAGGUGUGAGGGCCGAGUGGAGGUGUUCUACAACGAUUCAUGGGGCACCGUGUGUGACGACGACUGGGACAUGGUGGACGCCAACGUGGUGUGUCGGCAGCUGGGCUGCGGGGUGGCGGUGGCGGUGGGGAGCAGCUCUCAGUUUGGACAAGGCUCAGGGCUCAUCUUGCUGGACAACGUGGACUGCAGAGGAAGUGAAGCAGACAUCAGCCAGUGUCGUACUCUGGACUGGGGUGUCCACAACUGUUACCACUAUGAGGAUGUGGGGGUUACCUGCAAAGAGCCAGCGAUGGUGGGGGCAAAAGGUUUUGUGGAUCCCAUCACACCCCCUGUGCCGAACUCAGGUUUACGAGAUGGCACCAUCCGUCUAGUGAAUGGACAGAACGCCUGCCAGGGCCGGGUAGAGAUAUACUACCAGGGAGGCUGGGGGACAGUGUGCGAUGAUGACUGGGUCUUCAACGAUGCCCGGGUGGUGUGCCAACAGAUUGGCUGCGGUAGCGCCAUCUCUGCACACACCAACUCCUACUUUGGCUACGGAACGGGACAGAUUCUCCUAGACAACGUCAACUGCUACGGCACUGAACUGGAGCUGGCGAAAUGCAAAAGCCUGGGCUGGGGCAAACACAACUGUGGCCAUCAUGAAGACGCCGGGGUCACCUGCACUGGAUCCACCACUGUACCUCCUGUGGCAACAGAAAAUAAGCGAGCUCUCUGGCCAACAUUUAACACUGAAGCGACAGCAAUGGUUCCAGUCACCACGUUACCAACUACAACAACUAUUACCACAACUUCCACAACAAAAGGCACACCAUCCAUUCGUGUUGUGAAUGGCAACGGUAGCUGCCAGGGUCGUGUAGAGGUGCUCUACAAAAAUAUUUGGGGGACGGUGUGUGAUGAUGACUGGGACAUGGCCAAUGCAAGAGUGGUGUGCAGGCAGCUAGGAUGUGGCCCAGCUCUUGAUGCUACGGCCCUGGCCUACUUCGGCUACGGUACGGGUCCCAUCCUGCUGGACAAUGUGGAUUGCAGUGGUUCCGAGCUGGAGCUGUCCAAGUGCUUCAACCUGGGCUGGGGUCAACACAACUGUGGCCAUCAUGAGGAUGCUGGGGUUAUCUGUGCACCUUUUGAAUUGUUAACGCUAAACGGACGUGGCUUUGGAAUGACAGAGAGCAUACCUGCCACCACCACCACCACACAACCACGUGAGGGAACGGUGAGACUGGUGGGUGGCCUGCACCGAUGCGAGGGUCGGUUGGAAAUGUACUCAAAUUCUGGAUGGGGCACAGUGUGUGAUGAUGCUUGGGACCUCCCGGACGCUCGGGUUGUGUGUCGCCAGCUGGGCUGUGGAGAGGCCACGGCGGCUCGGGGAGAAGCGUUCUUCGGGCCCGGCACAGGAACAAUCCUGCUGGACAAUCUCAAGUGCAGCGGUGCCGAGGCUUCCCUGCAGGAGUGCUCCCAUAUACCCUGGAAUGUGCACAACUGUGACCACUCUGAAGAUGCUGGCGUCACCUGCUCUCUGUCGUGAUUUCAGCAGAACCACACUCCCAUCGCCACCAUGGGUAGGAAGUGGGCGAACCAACUGGGACUUGUAUGCAUUAUGUAAAUAAUAGCUCUCACCUUGCUGAAGGAAUACUCCACCACCACAACAUACAAAAUAACUAAUAUGACAAUAUACUAUAAACUAUCUAUUAAGCACUUUAUAAAUAAAUAAAUAUUAAAUACAAUGUACAUGUUUUUUUUUAUUAAGACAAACAACAAUUUUAACUGUCACUCCUUUUUGCCCCUAAAAAGUUGAAAUAUUCACUGUACAUGUGGUUUUUUGACAAUAAGUAAGGAAUACUGGAUGAAAUCCAACAAUUAUUAUUGUGUAGAUAAAGGUAGACAGGUUUGUGUCUUCAGUUGCAAAACUGCCCAGAUAUGUAUGAUAAAACAAAUUCUAAACUACAAACCAAAGGAGUGCAACGUAGCAGAAACAUCCUUAAGUAAAUGCGUUAUAUAUGAACAUGUGAAUACACAGCAUCUCUCCAUCUACAAC